AUGGUUUGUCUUCCUGUUAUUGAUGUCAAAACUGCCCCAGUAACUGCUUGGAGUGUUCGGGUUUCAUCUGUUGGUUUGUUUCUGUGCACGGGGAAGGUGAUGUACUUUUCCAGAAGUGCUUUAUCUGGACAUAGGUUUCCCAGAGCGAUACCUCCAAAGUUCGAACUUUUGGAUAAUUUUUCGUUGUUUUCCGCUGGUUCUUUCACAGGAACGACAGGAUUUAUCCACCUAUGUCGAGAAGAUUCGGAAGUUUUUGUAUAUCGACCGGACAAACGCAACUUUGUGACGCUCGCUAUUCCGAUAACAUCUCAAGCGGUUAUCUCAUUAUGCGGUGCUGCAGAGAAACUGCUCCUAAUUGACAGCAGUGGCAAACUGUUUUCGUCUGAUGGUGAGACUGCAAACUGGGAAGCUGUGACAUUGCCAGAACCUGUAUGCUCUGUAGCGCACUGCAAGCUGUCUUCUUGGGCGGUGACCUGCAAUGGUAGAAUACUUGUAUCGAUGGAAGGAUCGAGUGUGUGGUCUGUCGUCGGAGCUCCAUUGGAUGUAGAUGCCAAUGUUGUACCAACACAGGUUUUUGCUUCUCCGAAUGGAAUUUAUGUCUGGGUACUUGCUGCUGGACGUGGAUGGGCGCGUGCUAACAUUAAUGAAAGGAAUCCCAUAGGAACAAAGUGGACCGAGGUUCAGAGGUUUCAUUUGUAACG